GCCAAGAUGGCCGCCCGCAUGAACCUCAUCCCGGUAGCAAGUGCAGCAAGGGGACGUGGCCUAAUAGAGAGGACAGGGACCCUCUCACAUACACAGCCACACUCUGCGAUGCGUCCGGGAGCCGGGACAGCUGUUGACCUCGGGAGGAUGGCCACAGUCCCGGCGGGAAUUCUCUGAAGAAUGGUGGGGAGGAGGCAGGGAAUCGCCCCUUCCUUCUCUAACCCUGCUUCUCCACUCCUGAGUGUCACUGGACAACUACACCCCCUUAGAGUUCUGUCCAUUUAAAAGUAGAACAGCUGUCCCAAAGAAUUCGGGUGCUGGGGGUGUUGCAGUUGCAGAAACCGAGGGGCCUGUAUCUGGGUCUCACUCAGACCUGCAUUGUUGAUCUUCCCGGGAAAGAUUCACAGCCACUCCCAGAGCAGAAGAGUCUUGCUGCAAUAUGGUGAGAAGUCAAGAAAUCUCUGGUGGGAAGCUGCCCUACACCCUACACAUAAUCUGCCCCUGCAUAUCCUUCAGAAAGGUUACUGUUCUCACCCUGCAUUGGCAUCUACAGUGAACCAAAGUUCAUCCCACCCACCUUCCCUUCUGGGCCCUGUUGAAGAAAGUGAAGCUCAAGGAGGAUAAGUGCUUUCCUGCCAGGUCACACAACUAGCAACUGGAGAACUAGAUUGAAAAUCUGGGGACUACACUCUGCACAGGGCCUCUGAGCUCCUGCAGGUUCUGCAGGUGCAGGCCUCCUGUAAGCUCCCUGCUUCGGUCCACUCUGGAGACUGAAUGUUUAAAGGAAACCCAGGAUUUGGUUUCAUCAGCUACACAAGCAUCUUAAGGAGCUACAAAAAUUGGUGGAUAUACUGCCAUCAAUUAAGCAUAAGGAUACCAUAGUGGAAUUUGGGUCAUUCAACCCUUCCUGCCUGAUGCCCACCUGCCCGGACUACUGGACCUACUCAGGAUCCCUGACUACCCCACCACUCUCCGAGUCCGUCACCUGGAUCAUUAAGAAGCAGCCUGUAGAGGUUGAUCAUGAUCAGUGGCCCUAUCAGAACAGGUACAUCAUAAUGGUGAGAAUAGUAUGGAGCCUUGUUGCCUUCCUUACUCUAAUGAGAAUGCUGAUCUUCCACAGGAUCUGUUUAGAGAAUGCAGAUAAAAAGUGGAUUACUGUUUACCACGAGCAUUACGAAAAGCACCGAGUCUCCUGAGACAGGAAAAAGAAAUUGAUUUCUCCAUGUUUUUCAUACUCCACGAUACUCUUCAAAAGCAGUUUCUCGGCACAUAGCUAUUGAUCUACUGCUCAGGAAGGUAAAUUAAAUAUGAGAUCACACAAACAGAAAACACGUUCCUGCAAGUUCCCUGCAAACUGCCCAAGACUUCAAGCCAAAGAUUGUGGUGAUGAGUAGCCUGCGGGUCAUUCUUCAAGCCUCUUUAUGCAAAUCGCUGUGGAGAAGAUGCCAGAUUCUGAGAUCCAUGCCAGUGAGGCCCUGCAGCCUCUACACCUGCAGUUACAAAACCCGGAACCGAGCCUUGCACCCACUCUGGGAAAGAAUGGACCUGGUCCCCGGGGGCGAGCGCCAGUCGCCCAUCAACAUCCGGUGGAGGGAUAGUGUCUACGAUCCUGACUUAAAACCGCUCACCAUCUCUUAUGACCCUGCCACCUGCCUACACCUCUGGAAUAAUGGAUACUCUUUCCUUGUGGAAUUUGAAGAUUCUACUGAUAAAUCAGUGAUCAAGGGAGGACCCCUGGAAGAUAACUAUCGAUUGAAGCAGUUCCAUUUUCACUGGGGGGCCAUCGAUGCCUGGGGCUCUGAGCAUACUGUGGACAGCAAAUGUUACCCGGCAGAGCUGCACCUGGUGCAUUGGAAUUCAGUCAAAUUUGAAAACUUUGAGGAUGCAGCACUGGAAGAAAAUGGUUUAGCUGUGAUAGGAGUAUUUUUAAAGCUAGGGAAAAAUCAUGAAGAGCUACAAAAAUUGGUGGAUACGUUGCCAUCAAUUAAGCAUAAGGAUACCAUAGUGGAAUUUGGGUCAUUCGACCCUUCCUGCCUGAUGCCCACCUGCCCGGACUACUGGACCUACUCAGGAUCCCUGACUACCCCACCACUCUCCGAGUCCGUCACCUGGAUCAUUAAGAAGCAGCCUGUAGAGGUUGAUCAUGAUCAGCUUGAGCAGUUUCGGACCCUGCUUUUCACUUCCGAGGGGGAGAAAGAAAAAAGAAUGGUGGACAACUUCCGCCCCCUGCAGCCCCUCAUGAAUCGCACUGUCCGCUCAUCCUUCCGUCAUGAUUAUAUCCUCAAUAUACAAGCAAAAUCCAAGCCAUCGACCAGCCAAGCUAGCCCCUAAGACGCCCAUAUGUAGGUGGUGUUUUGCUUUAAUACAUAAUAGGUUUUUAAAAACUGUUAACUAAGACUAUUCUAAACACCUAAUACUAAUUAUAGAGGUGCAUUUCUUGGUAUGGUAGUGCUCCUUCAGUCUUUUAUUGAUAAUGAUGUUUAUCACUGAAGUAGCAACAAGAAACACAAGUUUCUCUUAAAGCAACCUGUUGGUUUUUAUAAUGUCUUUUAAUGUCUGACAUUUUUUGAGCUGUCUUUUUAUAUUAUCAGUUAGUGGUUAUAUAGAGGUGUAAGUAGGGAUGACAAAAUAUUUAACCACUGGUAAGGCACAAACUGGUACUUUCUGGCUGAACAUUGGUCAUGAUUUUAGGUACAUUUUAUUUUAAAACAUGGAUGAAUUUUCUUUUAUAAGGCCUUCUCAGUGAGCAUAUUUGCUCUGAUCUUUAGUUAUCUUACUAGUAGAUGAUAUGCUUGCUUACUUACUAUCAAAUUAUGAUACAGAAAAAAAUAUUAUGUAAUCCUAGGAAAACAAAGAUUUACUGAUACCUGAAAAUAUUUUUACAUUUCUGAAGAUCAGAUAUUUUACUUAAAGGCCUGAUCAUAUAAAAAGCAUAUGCAGUGUAGAACAUUUUAAAGAAAAUGCUUGAAGUGCCUGGAACUUACAAUUCUUUCAUGACAUACUUAUGGAAGUAUUUUUCAAAUGUUUAGUAAUAAAUAGUUUAUAAUAUUAUUUUGCAUUAUUUGUACACUGUUUCAUAGACAAAACAGUCUUAGCUUCCGUUUAAAACUGUCUGAACUUUAUCUCCUUAGUUGAUGUUCUGGGCAAGACAGGUGAUCAAAAUAAGUCUCCCAGUUUAUAUAGUGGCUUAGAAAACUUUUGCUACAGUAAUAGGGGGAGAAACUUGUCAGACAGGCUGAAAUCUAGGUAAUUCUACGUAUUCCAUGGAAUCCAUGCCACUGUUGCCCCUGCUUGUAAAUAUCUUGGAAUGUUUCUAAUGGCCAAUAAGCCUGUGUUCAGACUCAAUAUUGCAUUAAUUAGUAGUAUUUCUUUCAUGAAUAUGUUCAUCUGGUCUGCAAGAUAGAGUUGGAUAAAUAUACUUAACACUACUGGACCAUACACUGAAAAAAGUUAUGAUAAGUUUUAUGCUAUGUGUAUUAUUAAUUAAAAAUAAAUAAUUUGGUAGGAAGAAAAGAUAGAAUUGAAGUUGUAUUUGUAAACUUAGGGGGAUAUAUCUGCCCUAAAGAAGGUUGGAAGGGGGAGUGAAGGCAUUUGCUUCUAGGGUGCAUGCCUUUUCUGGGAAAGGGAAGCAAGUAUACCUUGGGAAAUGAAUAUAAUUCUUAAAAAGAUAAAUGUGGGGGGGAAAGUUUACCUCAAUUGAUCUGUUUCAAACCAUAGUUGUCUUUGAAAGGGUAAACACACAAGAUAUACAUUAUUCCUCUCACACAAGCUUCCCUCCUAGGCCUCUUGCAAACUCGUAAUGCAAAAUUCUAUUGCUGUGAGUCUUCCAAAUUGGAGCCAGAAGCAAUGUACAGAACACCCGCUUACCCUUAUAUCUUAGAGGUACAAAGGGUGUACAGUUGACCCUUGAACUGCAUUUAAAAUGCGUGGGUCCACUUACAUGAAUUUUUUUUCAAUAAAUAUGCACAGUACUGGAAAUAUUUUCUCUUCCUUAUGAUUUCCUUAACAUUUUCUUUUCUCUCGCUUACUGUAUUGUAAGAAUGCAGUACAUAAUAUACAAAAUAUGUAUUAAUCAAUGGUUUGUUAUCAGCUAGGCUUCUAGUCAACAGUAGGCUAUUAGUAGUUAAGUUUUGGGGGAGUCAAAAGUUACACACAGAUUUUUGACCAUACAAGGAUGUCAGUGCUCCAAGCCCUGCAUUGUUGAAGGGUUAACUGUACAGGGUGGGGCAAGAGUAGAUUUACAGUUGUUUGUAUGGAAAAUAAUACAAUAAUUAAUAAAUUAAAAUACAAGAAUAAACUCAGUGUUUUGCAUACUCACAACUGUAAACCUACUUUUGCCCCGCCCUGUAUUUAUAGGGUGUUUCUCAGUUUAUAACUCCUGAUUUACUUACACCUCAUGUUCUGGUAUAGUUUAUAACAGAACCCUCUUUACUCUUAGCCAUGUCCUGUAUGUAUGUUUGCAUAAUACAUUUUUGGUCACCUUCCCUGCGGAGGUUAUGGAAACUGCCUUGGGGUGUGGUUUCAUGCAUGCCUAAGUUAUCUGCCCCCAAAAGGGAUAAUAGAGAUUCCCUGGCUACUGAGACACCCUAGCAGGAAACAUUUUAUGUCUUUAUGUCUCCAAAAGUGUUUUACUGCUACCUUCCUAGACCUGAAGGGGAUAAGAUCUGUCAAAGGGCUUGAGAAAGAAUUUUGUAUUUAAAUUGCUGCUCAUCUUCAUUAAGUAAUGCUAGAUUAAUAAAACCAUCUUUAUAAUAUUA